AUGGGCGACUACUCGAUGGACCACCAAGAAGUUAUGUUCAACCCCAAGGCCAUGCCUUUCCGGAAACUUGGAUCUAGCGGUCUUCGUGUCCCGCUCUUCUCUCUGGGAGGAUGGCUCACAAUGGGUCUGACCGUCAAGGGCGACCCGGUGAAGGAGAUCGUCCGGACUGCAUACGAGCACGGCAUCAACAUGUUCGACACCGCCGAGAACUACGCGCAAGGCCAGUCGGAAGUCGAGAUGGGUCGCGUCAUCCGGGAGCUUGGCCUCCGGCGCAGCAACAUCAUCGUCUCCACGAAGCUGUUCUUUGGCGAGCAGACUGAAGGUCCGAACGACAUGGGUCUCUCGAGAAAGCACAUCAUCACCGGAACGCAAGCAAGCUUGAAGCGGCUUGGCCUUGAAUACGUCGACGUUAUCUUUGCGCACCGGUCUGAUAUGACUGUCUCGAUAGAGGAGGUCGUUCGCGCGUUCAACUACGUUCUCGACAAGGGCUGGGCUUUCUACUGGGCAACAUCAGAGUGGUCCGCCUACGAAAUCGAAGAGGCUCACCACAUCGCCGAGAAGCUCGGCAUGCAGGGUCCUAUCGUUGAGCAGUGCCAGCACAACAUGUUCUGCCGCGAGCGACCAGAGAAGGAGUACAGCCCUCUGUACAAAAAGUACGGCGUUGGAAAGACAGUCUUCUCCGCCCUCGCAAGCGGUCUGCUCACCGGCAAGUACAACAACGGAGUCCCAGAGGGCUCUCGCUUCGCCGACCCCGCCUGUGGUGCUCGCUUCAAAGGCACGGUCGAGAGCUUCUCGCGCCAGGAAGGUCAGGCCAAGCUCGACAAGGUCCGGAAGCUCAGCGAGCUCGCGCAGAACGAGCUUGACUGCACCGUCGGCCAGCUCGCGCUUGCGUGGGUCGCCCGCGAUCCGAACACGAGCUCGGUCAUCCUCGGCGCGUCCAAGCCCGAGCAGGUGCUCGACAACCUCAAGGCGCUCGACGUCAUCCCGAAGCUGACGCCCGAGGUCCUCGCGAAGAUCGACGAUAUCCUGGAGAACAGGCCUGCGCCGCCGUCUACCUUUGGUCGCCCACCACUUGAUGCAUUUAUUCCUUGCGUCUGA